AAAAACUUGUCCUCAAGAGGAACCUCAUCUUCAUAAUCAAAAGGACAAGUGAAAUAAUUCUUUUAACAAGUUCUGUCAGAAUUACCAAGUCAAGAAUUUUCCAAUUUCGUCCUUUAAAAUCCUCCACUAUUUUCGAAUUCUCAACAGCUGUUCCCAUCUCCACGCAACUUCAGACAGCUGUCAAGUAUAAAUAUAGUAGGUUAUGUGAUAAUCUUCGAGUGUUGCUCCACAAUUACAUAUCAACUAACAACCGCCACCGGUUGUCAACUAUCAAUCAUCAACUAAGGAACAAUGAGUCUCCUGAGAUUAUCUCACCGUCUCCUGAAGUUUCAAAGCUCAUUGCUGGCUGUCCGGCCCCCGGAGGAGUGUCUCGCCCUCAGAAAAGUGUACCACCAAACCUCCUUCGAUCACAAAUAUCGCAAACACCAGCAGGAAAAGGAGCACGAGAAGCGAAUAGAUGGAUUAGGCUGGGCCAUUCUGCUGAUUCCUGUCGGGACCUUCGUACUGGGUACUUGGCAGGUCCAGAGGAGGCAGUGGAAGAUGCAACUCCUCAAGGAUCUACAUGGCAAAGUAACAUCAGAACCCAUUCCCUUUCCCGAGAAUCCCCAGGAGUUGGAUAAAAUGGAAUACUGUCCAGUGACAGUGAAGGGGGAAUUUUUGUACGACAAGGAAAUAGUAAUUGGGCCCAAGAGUCUCAUUAUGGACGGCUCGAGUGUUGGUGAGAAGACAGGGGGACUCAUGAGCACGAGCCACUCAACUGGAUACUGGAUCGUCACUCCUUUUAAACUCUACGAUCGUGAUGUGACGAUUCUGAUUAAUCGUGGCUGGGUGAAGGCCAGGAGGGGAAAAAUACCGCAGAGGGAAUUGGGACAUGUGCCUGGGGUUGUCGAACUCACUGGGAUCGUUCGACAUAACGAGGAAAGGCCCCUGUUCAUGCCCAAGAACUCAGCACAGACUAAAAUGUUUGGCUAUCGAGAUGUCAAUGCUAUGGCUAAGCAGACCGACUCAGACCCUAUUUUCUUGGAUUUAAUAGCACGCGAUGGGACUCCUGGGGGUCCCAUUGCUGGACAGACGAGAAUUUUUAUGAGAAAUGAACACAUGAGUUAUAUCAUCACAUGGUACGCUCUGUCGGCGUUGACUGCCAUAAUGUGGUACAGACUGUACAUUCUCAAGUUACCUUUGUUCUAAAUAAAAUCUAGUGUUUAUGUUGUUAUUA